GCAUAUUCCCCACAGAUGAGGCAAUCCUCGGUCCGGGUUUUCGGCUCUACCGAAUCAUACGAGUCUUUGAAACUACCUUUUCAGCACCCAUACGGUGCUGGGAUACUCUCAGUUGAACGGGAAGCUGAAUAUGUAAACACACCUACACUUACUAAGCUGGACCUACAGAUUCAUAUUUGUAACCCAUUACUGUAAUAUUACUAACGUCGCACUAAGUGACAUCAUUUGGC